GUCAGAAAGUUUAAAAUCUCUCCCCCUUCUUUUACUCCAGACACUGUGCGCUCUCUGGGACAAUCGUGCGCCGCUCCCUGUCGCCUUCCAGGACUGGGAAAGGGGAGAGAGAGACGGUGCCACGUCCGACGGCCGCCUGGGCUGGGGGCAGGGUCUGCCGUCCGCCCUUGGCACGACUCACUGCGACCCAUCCCCGCGCCUCUCCCUCCUCCUGGCCCGAAGAGGUCUCGUUCCUUCGUGGGAUCUGAGCCCCGUCUGCAUUCUCUCCCAGCCACGUCCUCCCCGAGAAGGGACUAGCCAGGAGAGCCAUGCGUUUCGCCUGGACCGUGCUUCUGCUGGGGCCGCUGCAGCUCUGUCCCCUUCUACGAUGCGCUCCGCAGGCCCCGCGAGAGCCACCCGCGGCCCCGGGCGCCUGGCGCCAGACAAUCCAAUGGGAGAACAACGGGCAGGUGUUCAGUCUGCUGAGCUUGGGGGCGCAGUAUCAACCGCAGCGUCGCCGCGACCCCAGUGUCACUGCACCGGGACCCGAGAGCAAUGCCGCCCCGCAGCCGCGCACGCCUAUUUUGUUGCUGCGUGACAACCGCACGGCCUCUGCUCGCGCGCGGACACCAAGCCCAUCUGGGGUCGCCGCCAGCCGUCCCCGGCCCGCCGCCCGCCACUGGUUCCAAGCUGGCUUCUCGCCGUCGGGGGCUCGCGAUGGAGCCUCACGGCGCACAGGGAACCGGACUGAGUCGCCACAGCCACCGCAGCUCAGUAACCUGAGACCUCCCAGCCACGUAGACCGCAUGAUGGGCGACGACUCCUACAAUCCCUACAAGUACUCAGACGACAAUCCCUAUUAUAACUACUAUGACACAUAUGAGAGGCCCCGGCCUGGGAGCAGGUACCGACCCGGAUAUGGCACUGGUUACUUCCAGUACGGUCUGCCGGACCUGGUGCCGGACCCCUACUACAUCCAGGCAUCCACAUAUGUCCAGAAGAUGUCUAUGUACAACCUGAGAUGCGCUGCGGAAGAAAACUGCCUGGCCAGUUCAGCAUAUAGGGCGGAUGUCAGAGAUUAUGAUCACAGGGUACUGCUACGAUUUCCCCAAAGAGUGAAAAACCAAGGGACAUCUGACUUCUUACCAAGCCGCCCUCGAUAUUCCUGGGAGUGGCACAGCUGUCACCAACAUUACCACAGCAUGGAUGAAUUCAGCCACUACGACCUGCUUGAUGCCAACACACAGAGGAGAGUGGCUGAAGGCCACAAAGCAAGCUUCUGUCUCGAGGAUACAUCCUGUGACUACGGCUACCAUAGGCGCUUUGCGUGCACUGCACACACACAGGGAUUGAGUCCAGGAUGUUAUGAUACCUAUGCAGCAGACAUAGACUGCCAGUGGAUUGAUAUCACAGACGUACAACCUGGAAACUAUAUUCUAAAGGUCAGUGUAAACCCCAGCUACCUGGUGCCUGAAUCAGACUACAGUAACAAUGUUGUACGCUGUGACAUUCGCUACACAGGACACCAUGCCUAUGCUUCAGGCUGCACAAUUUCACCGUAUUAGAAAGCAAGCCCAACUCCCGUUGGAUAAAGCAGUGCCUGAUGUUUGGAAAUAUGAAAAACAUAGGUUGGCUUUUGUAGGAAGGACUUACAUAUUUUAAAAGGCAAACAACAAAGGAAGUUUUGUUCGGACUCUCUCACAACAACUAGCGUAACUGGAUCUUGAACGUUCAAAUCAGCAUUAUUUGGGGAAUUUUAAAUACUUAUUCAUGUUCUUUGUGAAUUAACUGUGUUUCAAUUUUUUUAGGUGCCUAUGUGGCUCUUUCAAAGAACCCCAGAUUUCAUAUUAUAAUGCAAAGGGAAAAUGGCAUUUUAAUAAAUGAGCCAUAAUUUGAAGUGAUUAUUUUCGAAAGUGCAGGAACCAGUGAAGCGAAAAUGAUGGGGUUAUAUUUGACUCAAUGUAGAUUGAUUUAAAGAUGAUAUUCCUACUGUGUAAGCAGGAAUGGAUACAUUUGGUGCUGAAGAAAGGUCAAAUACAUAAUGGUCGUCAUGAAAAAUUACUCUUUAGCAGAGAGAUGACAAUAUAUGUGUAUUCAGUUACAUCCCUAUAUAAAUUUAUGUUUACAUUUUCAGAUUUACUAGAUAAUUUCCCUUCUGUUAAGUGCUUAAUUUUACUCUGACUUGAGUCAACUUCUGUUUUUGGAAUGAAGUAGAUAAUUCCAAAUUCUUGGCUGGUAUUUGCUGAUAGUCUCCUCUACACUGAAUCUUUCUGUGGGCAGAAAUGUCUAAUGUGGCCAUUUUCACAUGGUCAUUGUGGGGAUUAGCAACAUAGGGAAAUCAUUUUGAUGACGUGGGAUCAAUAUAGAGCUGAUAUACCCUGCAGCACACUUUACUGUUGGCAAAAUUAAGUCACUGCUGACAUAGAGAUUACACAGUGAGCCUCUAACACCACAACCGCCUUUAAAAUACUGUAAAAAAUAUACUGGAAAACCUUUUUUGGAUGUUUUUUAAACUCUAGUAUUCUUCUAAAAUGUUCAAUUAUUAAGGGGAAUGCUAAAAAAUGAAAUCAUUUCUAAUAGAUGACCUAGUGUGUGAAACACAGGACCAUCAUCCUAGGUUCUUUAGGAAUUGGCCUUACAUGUUUCUGUGUAUUUACAAAAGACACUCCGAAUUAGCGAAGCACGUAGCAUUGCGUACUUGAGAGGCUGGCGGAAAGAAAGAAACAGGUACUCUCUGCGAAACACGGACUGUGUGUCACCAUGAGACUGCUAUGACCUUACUUCAAACUGUGAAACUGUGCAGCAGUUGAAUUUGGAAACUCUUUCAUUCAGAAGGUGCAGAAGAAAAUCAAGUUAGACUUUUAAGUUCCUGGUGCUUAAGCUGAAGUUUUCUUUCAUUAACCAGCAUUAAAAUCUCAAGUAAGGUAGCUCCUAUACCAGAAUGUGUCCGGCAGACCUUUCUCAGUGAGCUGGAAUCCUGUCUUAUAUGUCACAGAGUUGUAAGGGUAACCAUUACUAAUCACCAUACUGUACCAUCGCUGCAGCAGCAGGUGAGAGGGGCCAGAGAGGGGCAGUUGCCAAGAGCAGAUAACGCGGUACACAUGAUUCUUAUCCGCCUGAGUACACACUUACCCAUAAGUAUAUAAAGACAGAACUUGGAUUGAGCUGGUAUCUGAUCAAUGGGAUUGCUUCUUUGAUGUACCUCUUUGCCUUAGAUUGCCUUUCAGUCUUAAUACUGUAGAAUGAUCCUCUCAAAUUAUAAUCAUUAUGAUAGAGAUAGUUUAAUAUGCGUGCUUUUAAAAACAAAACAAAAACUACUGUCAGUAUCAAUACUGAACCAGGCUGGCAUGCAGAGAUUUAAGAUCUCUUCUCACCAAGGUUCUUAACUCUAUAAGAAAGUAGGCUAAUAAUAUGACUUUUAGAUGUUUAGGACAAUAAUUUCAAGGAGAACUUUAUCUCUUAGUCAUCAUCAGGGGAGGGACAGGAUAAGCCAAGCACUUACUUAAUAGACAUUGGAAAACAAAGACUGUCCCUAACCUUACUAAGUAUGAAAAUUAGGCUCAACUUAUUUCAUUUUUAACUGUUAAAAAUGUCUAUAGAAUUUAAAAUUUAAACACUGCUAUUUCUCAUGGCCAUACUUUAUUUUUCAAAACAUAAGUUAAAAAUUACUAAUUGUAUACAUGUAUGUAUUUCUAGUAAUUAAAAUAUGUUCAAACCCAUGAAAUGUCUGCCUUUUAAAUGUAAUUUGGAAUUUUUGGUUGAUUUUCUUUCAAUUAAGAGGCUGUUUAUUCCUACACAUUUCUGUCCUUUCCUCAAUUUUAAAAUGCAUCAGAAUGAUUUGUAAGUACCAACACAACCCUUCAUAUAUUUAGCCCCUGGGUGUCUGUUCUCUAAAUGACCACCAAGUUCACUGAUAAUUAGUUUGUUGAGAAUAAUGAUAAAAACUACAAGCUAGUCUACUAAACUCUAAAUUUACAAAGAGAAGAAAUGAGAAUGACAGAAGGAAUGCCAAGGACUGAAAAGAAACCUGUUUUUACAUUACAGAAAAAUAAGAAACAACACAGGUAAGUCAACUCUUGGCCAUCUAAGUAAUAUCAUGAUAUUGAGAUCACAGAUCCCAUCUCCAGUGGGACCGUGGCAUAUGUUGCCUAGUUCCAGAAAAUCUUGUUUAUGUUCAGAAUUUAGAGGAUAUGUAGUUCACUAAAAGUUUUCCACUUCUGAUCAUUAAUCUUCACCAGAUUGUAUGAAAAUACUAACGUCUUAGUCAGGAAAUAUUUUACAAAUCAUUUUACUCAUAGUACAUUAAGUAAUAAAAUGACCCCCUUUAUGCAUGCUUCGUAUUUGAAUUUACAUACACAAUUUAAAAAAAUCAACCAUUUAUAUUUCAUUCUCAGAUUUCCAAAGGUGUAGGCCAUUUUGAAAAGCUGAAAUGGUGCUGAAGUAUCUUAACUUGAAUGUAAAAUUCAUUUAGUCUUAGAUCAUGGGAUACAGACAUUUAAUAUAUAACUGCUUGCUGCACAGUAGGUCACAUGUCAUUUGGUAUUAGAAUGUCGAUAAUGAAGGUUUAAUUUCUCCCAUUUUUUUUCCUGGAACUUUUGUUUGUAAAAACAUUUGUAACUUGUCUGAGGAGUUUUUAUUUUAAAUGCCUAGAUACAGGCUUUAUACUGCAUUCUCACCCCCUUUUUAUUAUGUGCUGUAACUGCAUGAUUACAUAAAAACGCCUUGAGAAAUGAUUUCAAUUGUCUA